UCCGUUUCUGAGGAGGAGAGUACGUGCGCGAACACCUUCCUUUUCCGUCCCUUUAUCUCACGGCGGGGAGGAAGUGCACGGGGCGCGAGGGUGAAGAUGGGAUAUCUUUGCAGGCAGGUCUUUUGGAGACCCAGUUUUUCACCGCUCACCUGUCACUUUAUCCAGUCAACUUCUUGGAAAACAUUACCUGUUGUCUUUCUAUCCUCUCUUCAGCAACUGGGCCGUAGAUUGAGUAGUACAAAUUCUCCUGAACAAAGCGGAACAAGCUUGCCCAUUUCUAGCACCAAAACAGACAGCAAUGAAAGUACUCAAGUGCUCCUGGAGACUUUCACUACUCCUCCUGUAGAGCAGGAAAAGCAAGCAGGAGUGGGCCACUUAAAGCUAGGGGAGGCAGCAAAACCAUUCUUGGACAUGGGGCUCAGCUCUGAUCAGAUAAUGCUUUUGUUCAACCUGCAACCCAAACUGCCACCUCCAACCAUGUUGACUGUAGUUUCAGAGCUCCUUCUCUUGGGCUUAAGUCCAGACAGCAUGCUGAAGGCACUACGGAAGAAUCCAGAACUGCUAAGACUAUCAGUAAAACAUCUGAGGGAUCGUGCAGAUCUUCUGAGAAGAUUUGGCUUUCAGGAAGUGAGUCUGAACCAUGUGGCAGUUUAUUUUCCAUAUGUCUUCACAUUGCCACAAAAGAGAUUUACAGUUGUAGAGCAUCUCCUCAGAGAAAAAUGCCUCUUCACAGUUCAGCAAGUAUCAAAACUUCUACAAACAUGCCCAAACAUCCUGCUGGAGGAGCUAAACGAUGUGGAAUACAAAUUCCAGUUUGCCUAUUUCAGGAUGGGAGUGAAACACAAAGAAAUUGUGAAAGCUGGUUACUUCCAAGCUCCGCUGGUUGAGAUAAAGAACAGAUUCAUUUUCUUGGAGCGCUUGGGACUCUAUCAAACACCUGACAAGAAAGGACAAACUCAGGUUGUCAAUCCCAAACUGAAAGGCAUCAUCAGAGCCUCUGAAAGUGACUUUGUGGCUACAAUAGCCUGCUCUUCAGUUGAGGAGUAUACGAUCUUUAAGAAAUUGCUGGCCCGUGAAGAAGAGCGGAGGCAGAAAGAGGAGGAGGUAAUGAAAAGUGAACUAUCCGAUGUGGAGAGUGAUGAAGAAGAAUCUGAUGAAGAAUAGCAACUUGCGGUUAAACAGACCUGGGACCUAUCCUGUUAUCCCCCUGCCUUAGAUGCACACAACCACUUAUGUGUAUCCAUGGCUGCAGAAAGGAGCAGUGGUGGCAAUCACAGCUGCUGUAGUGCCUGUGCAUUUGAGUUAGAGGACUAUUUUUGGUCAUUUAGAAAAAAUGCCUGGAAUUGGGCAGGAAAGAAGCUGGAGUGCCAGUAGGAAUCAGCAUAGGUAGACAAUUCCAGCCUCCUCCCCACACAGCUCCCAUUUUGCCUCUUUCUGAAGUACAUUUCUGCUCUCAGAGGCAGUUGAUUUGAUGGAGACAGCAUUGGGACUUGGCUGCUGGGGUUGGAGCACUGAAGUUGUAGGACCUUGGUUCUUGGACUCCAAAGAAUCCUGCAUUGCCUCCCCCCAUAUGGCAGGUAGCCAGAGGGUUGCCCCCUUCAUGCUUGUUACUGUUGGAUGUACUCAUUCUCUAUUCUGCUUUGCAGAGGAACAGAAAUGUAUUAUUUGUAAAACAGAUGGAGAGUGGGAGGUGGUCAGUAUUGGUUCCAAGAGACAUCCAUGUUAGCAGUUAAUACCUAGUUUUGGUGAACCUGGUUGCUAUAUAAAAAUAAUGAAACCAAAAAACAUUUGUUGCCUAUUUUGUUUCUUUUUCCUUCGUUUCCUGUACAUUUAGGUUUCCAUAGGUACACUGGAGGUAGGAAUUUAUUUACAU